CACUUCCCAUUAUUUCUUCUGCUGCCUCAACGACCUCCAUUCACGCGUUUUCACUUUCUCUCUCUUCGCUCUAAAUUUGGAUUUUCAAAUUUGGAGUUUAGAGAUAGAGAGGAAAAAAAAAAAGGAAAAAAUAAAUAAAUAAAUUUGACAAGAAAUUUUCAGAGUCAGUCGGUUACAAUAAUCUCUCCUAUCAAGAUUCGGUCUCCUUAUUCCCCCAAAAAUUCCUCAUUCUCGUUGUCUGCUUUAUUUCCAAUCUCAAAUCUCUCUCUCCCCAUUUAUCUCUCUAGAAGAAAAUUUCUUUCGCAUUCUCUCUUUCCUCAACAGAAUGGGUUUCAAAUCCCUGUUUGGCCGGAGAAAGAAACCGGAUUCCUCAACUGCAAACCCUAAUCCUUCGCCGGCGGAGGUUCCGUUCGCUUCCCGAUCGCCGUCCGUCAAUGGCCGCGCUCAGAUCGAGGAGCUCGAGCAGGUGUUCAAGAAAUUUGACGUCAACGGCGACGGCAAGAUCUCUUCGUCGGAGCUCGGCGCGAUAAUGGGGAGCCUGGGACAGCCGUCCGGCGAGGAGGAGCUUCGGAAGAUGAUCAAGGAGGUGGAUUCCGACGGUGACGGCUUCAUCGACUUGAAGGAGUUCAUCGAGUUGAACACCAAGGGCGUGGAUUCCGACGAGGUCCUGGAGAAUCUCAAGGACGCGUUCUCGGUCUACGACAUCGACAAGAACGGAUCGAUUUCGGCGGAGGAACUGUACGAGGUGCUGAGGAGCCUCGGCGACGAAUGCUCGAUCGCCGAGUGCCGGAAGAUGAUCAGCGGCGUCGACUGCGACGGCGACGGCACGAUCAGCUUCGAGGAGUUCAAGGUCAUGAUGAUGACGGGCUCGCGGUACGAUGCGUUGUCCCAGCGAUCAAAGAAUUGAAAAUUUCUCGACGGUUUUUUAAUAUUUUCGCUUUGCAUUUCUCUAUAAAUUAGGGUUCUUUUUUGUUCUCUGAUGAGUAAUGAUUUUUUCAACCUAGGCAUUUUUUUUCCCAAUGGUGGGUCAUGUAAUGGAAUUGUGAAUAUUUUUGGAACGUUUUGGAUAUAUAAAAUUUUAAUGGAAUUUAAUGGUUUUCCAGUUCCCAA